AUGACUACAGAGUUUGCGGUCCCUAAUGGCCCCUGGAUCAGCAAAACAGACGCCUACAGCCGCUACGGCUUAGGUUCGACCGAUCUCGACAGCAUCAAGCCGAUCAGCAUUGAACCCAACUCGCGCGCAUACGGCAACAUUAUCAAAUAUAACCUAUGCGAUGUGGAGCAGGUCCAUGCCAAGGUCGUCGAAUUGCGGAAGACUCUUCAGCAAGGCCUACCUGCAGGAGACACAGUGCCCAAGCGCGGAGCCACGAUUACUCGCACAAAUGCUAAGAAGGAAUACAACCUCAAUGACAAUCAGAUAGACAGGAUCCUUCCCUGUAUCGUGAAGCCGAACCCACAUGCGCCUGGUCAGCAGAUGCGGAUUUACAAUGUGUCCGACGUACGGGCUCUUCGCGAUGGCAUUGCCUCUUUGUCAAGCACACCUGCUCCUGCGGCGGCAGCGCCACAGCAGCAAUACCCCAGCACUUCUUCACGCGGACGUAACUCUGGCUACUACAACGAUCGUAACCGCUUUGACGGGAUGUCUGCUGAUGAUGCCGCUGCGGACAUGGCCGGUAUCUUCAAGUGGGCCGGCCACUGA